CAAACAGUCCGCCUCGAUGAUUAUCCUGUACUUUCUAAUGAGGAUUAUAUGGAGAAGAAGAAGGCAGCAAGCUCGGCGUCAAGCCCGACGGUCGGGGACCACAUCUUCGUACCAAGAUCGAUCUGYUACUCCCAUCAUGGAAUCUACAUCGGAAAAGAUAAAGUAAUUCAUUACCAGACCCCUAUGGAAAACGGUCAUCCUGAUCCUAAAUCAUGUCGCGUCAUAGAGAGUGACAUGCGCACUUUUCUUAGUGAUGACACUACUUGGUAUCUGUUUAGAUACGGAAUAAAAGACGAACAUGUUAAAUUGUAUCCCAAAGGUACGUUUACCACAAAGGAUUGCGAUGAUCCAAAACUAGUCGUAAAACGAGCUCGUCAAGCCUUGAAGGAUGGCUUCAGUCAUUACAACAUUGUMGGGAACAACUGUGAAGAUUUCGCCAACUACUGUAAAACUGGACAGCGGUCCAUGGAAAGUACGCUGUUCUCAGAAGCUCUUGAGCGUGUAGCCGUAGCCAGGCGCGCAAUGGCUAAUGGGUAUCGUAGCCCUCUUGUUUAUGCAGGAUGUGUAAUGGGUUUGUUUACUCUGAAAGACUUCRACAACCAACCAGUUAAUCAWAUUCCUACUACGUCUWACUUAGAUAGUGAGGAUAGUAAUUGCACAGCGGACGAUGAAAACRAAGAUGAAGUUGAAAAUAYUGAAGCAAAGGAAAAAGAAAAGAAUAUGGCGGACUGCACGGAAACGGAUUCAAAAGCCAACUUUGAAAGCGCAWYKGAUGAAAUAGAUCGGAGUCGAGUUAGCUCAAUCCUCGUGAAGAACCAUGAAAGCACGAUAGCUAUAAAUAACAAUAACCGCAGUAAUGGAGGACUUCGGAAGAAGGUCAACUUUAACAUUCCUAAUGACACUAAAAAUCAUUCAACAUCUGAAUAGAAUUCUGUUUCUUAAUCAAACUUCACUUCAUAUAGACAAAAUAUUGAUAUUAAUUAUCCGGCAGCCUGAUUUACUCAUGGCGCAGRCUGCGCCAACAUAAAUGUAGAACUACAUCCACCCUCACUUGAGAUAUCACUGAACCAUAGAGGGGAUACUUGUUAYCUGACGGAGAGCCUGGCAAAGGAGAUCCACCCUUCGCACAACCACGUGCCUGACAAGCAGGAUAUAGGAACAUUUCUGAACGAAGCUUCAACAGUAAACAAGAUUUAAGAAGGUAAACUUAGUUGCUUCGCCGAAUGCAGAAAUAUAUGAAGUCCUCGCGAAUAUGAAGACCCGUAAAUGUAAUCAUUGUACUCUCGGGUAUACCAAAAUUCACGAAUAUCUCGUGAAGACACAUGUUUGCAUACUUCUGAAUUCAAAUUUCUUUGAAAAGUUUGCUUUUUUAGCAGGAUCAUUCUUGUUAUAAUUAUCAUAACAUCUGACAGCAUUGUCAUUUUUCAUUAGUCUUAUCUUUAUGAAUAAAACACGAAAGAAAAUACAUAUAGCUUGAUUCAAAGUAUUUUUUGA